UUCUGAUCUUGGGAGUUAGCAAGGGAGGAAGUGAGGACUGAGGUUGGGGAAGACAUCAGGCCAGGUGACAACUCACUUGAAGAGUUCAGAGCAAACUAGAACAGUGACCUGGAACCGGCAGUGCUUGCUUUGAUGGAUGAAGAGUGGGAGGGAUUUGUGCUUGAGAAUGGGCAGGUCCUCGAAGGCUCUGCAUAAAGCUUGCUGUCAAUUGAAAACAAAGGCAGAAGGCUGAAGAAUCAAGCUGAGUGCCCGCUUAACUUGCCCUCCUAGUGAGUCGAGUCAGGGGGAAUUGGUCCCACCUGCACAUCAUGGCUCUGAAUACCUUCUCCGUGGGGCUACAUCUAUAUGCUCUCCUGCUGUGUCUGCCCACGCCAGGCCAGAGCAUUGUGGCUCCUGUGGUCCCCGAUGUCCCCUUUGCUGCCAUCUGGAAUGUUGGCACCAAUUUCUGCCAGAAAAAAUUUCAAAUCAACAUUGAUCUGGAAACCUUUGAUAUCGUGGCCAACCCGGGUCAGGCCUUCAAGGGGCCAGACAUGACCAUCUUCUACAGCAAUCAGCUGGGCCUUUACCCUUUCUACACAUCUGACGGGCAGCCUGUUAAUGGAGGCCUGCCACAGAAUGCCAGCCUCGAUGCUCACCUGGCCAGGGCUCGCCAGGAUAUCUUGGCCUCUAUGCCCACACUAGAUUUCCGGGGCCUGGCAGUCAUUGACUGGGAGUCCUGGCGCCCGGUGUGGGCUCGCAAUGGGGGAUCCAAGAACAUUUACCGGGAACGCUCUCGGGAAAUGAUCAGGGCACAGCACCCGGACUGGUAUUCUUGGUGGGUGGAGAGGAAAGCCAUAGAGCAGUAUGAGAGGGCGGCCAAAGCCUUCAUGCUGGACACCUUGAAGUUGGGAGUGUCCUUGAAGCCCGAGGGGCUCUGGGGCUAUUAUGAUUUCCCAGAUUGCUAUAAUUACAACUUCCAGAGCCCCAACUAUACAGGUCAGUGUUUACCUGGAAUUGAGGACCAGAAUGACGGCCUUCAGUGGAUGUGGGAGGAAAGCCGUGCCCUCUAUCCCAGCAUCUACCUGUCCCCAAAGCUGGCAGGCAACGGGCAUAGCCUGCUUUAUGUCCGCUCGAGAGUCCGAGAGGCCUUCCGAGUAGCAGGUAGAACCAGGAGUUCUCACCGACACAUCCUGCCUUAUGCUCAGAUAUUUUAUGAGAACACCGAUCGCUUCCUGUCUUUGGAGGACCUGGAGAGGAGCAUUGGAGAGAGUGCAGCCCAGGGAACAGAUGGAAUCGUGCUGUGGAUCGGCUGGUCGAACUACAACAGCAAAAAAUCGUGCCAGGCUAUCAAGGAUUACAUGGACACCACCUUGGGCCCCUUCCUCCUGAAUGUGACUAGCAGUGCCCGCCUCUGUAGCCAGGCUCUGUGCUCAGGACAUGGACGCUGUUCCCGCCGCCCAGAUCAUCCCCAAGCCUUCCUCUUCCUCAACCCAUCCAGCUUCUCUCUUCGGCACCAGCCAACCAGUGGGCGUCUGGGAGUAGAGGGCAUCUUGACAAAUGAAGCCAGAGCCAGGAUGGCCACUGAGUUUGAAUGCCGAUGCUACACAGGCUGGAAUGGAGAACGAUGCGAGUUCCAGGAUGACUCUCCCUCUCCUUAAUGUAGUAACUAACAUCAGCAGGGUGAGAUUGAUGUAAUAGGACUCUGUCCCCCUGAUCUUUGGGGGGGUGGGGUAGGGAUGGGCCUAGGUUAGAAAAACCCUGAAUCUCAACUCCUCCUGGCCUCUGGGAAAAUUCCUAAAAUGAUCCCCACCCUUCUACCUGGUUCCCAUGGGAAAAUCCCACCUCGAAUCUGGGAAUCAGUUUGGCCUGGAAAACAAUAGCCUCCCUUUAUUGAUUUGGAAACUAGUCACCCUAACCCUAAACCAUAGAAAGCUACAUAAAAUCAAAACUCUGUACCCCAAACUCUGCUAUCUUCCUAAUCAGGAAGGGGCCCAUUGAGAGAGCUGCUCAGUGAAAAUAAAGAUAUUUUUACCAAACCUUGC